UAUAUCAAUUAACGUCAUAUACAAUCAGAGAUAAUUUCAAUUGAUUAAUAAAGAAUUAAUGUAUGUACAUACAUAUGUAUGCAUGUAUGUAAUAAAUUAUAUUGCUUCAAAACACAUUUUUAGGUUAUAUAAUGUUUGUGAAAAGGAAGUAAUUCAAAGAAAAAUAUUGUGGGUGGAUUUUGACAAUAAUUGUUAUUUACCUCCUAUCUUUUAUUAAGUAUACAUAAAUCAAAUUUAAAACGACAUGCUUGCUAUUCUAUUAUUGAAAUGAUAUCGACAGCGCGAUAUAUGAAGAAAAAUCAUAGUUCUGCAAUAACUUAGUACCUAACGGUUAUUUAAGAACCUGAAGGUUAGUUUGUUAAAAUGUUUUCUCACAGCAAGUUGAAGUUGAUUUUGAAGAUACUUGCUUUGGCUCCCAGCUCACAGAAAGAGAGUACACAAAGGGUUCUUAAUUCGUUUUCGUUAAUAACAAUUAUAAGCGUUGUUUUAAGUGCCAUUUUUGGAUUUACUCUUGAUGUGUUUGGUGACGGAUAUAUUGUAUCAAGCCUUGCCACUUCGGUAGUAUUUAUUGGCCUGAUAGUUGGGCACCUUGCCGCUGUACUUGAGUCGUUGGUAAAACGAGAAAAGCAUGAUGAAUUUUUUGAAAAGCUUUAUGAGUUGGAUGAUUUCUUUCGAGUUAAAGUUGGGUAUACAAUUCCUGUUGCAAGUCAAUCCAAGAAACUUAAUGGAAAGUAUUCUAUAAUUACUUUAGUCGUAUUUGUGAGUCUGUUAAUCUAUAUUGGCUCAAUUCUCACUCAUACGUAUGAGGGCUUUUUCUGGCAUGGAAGCAUUUCCGUGAUUGUUUCACGAAUCAGGUGUAUUCAAGCAAGUGUAUAUGUUGAUUUAUUCAAUCUUCGUUUCCGACACCUCAACAAAGUUUUGAAGCAAUUGGCUAGUAGUCUAUUGAAACCAAGCAAUCAAAUACUGGAUAUUAAUUUGUGUGAUAUUGACAAUCCAAAAAGGAUUAUUGUAAUAAAAUCGAUUUACAGAAAGUUGUACGAUUUAGUUACCUAUCUAAAUGACGCUUUCGGGUGGUCAAUUUUAACGUUCACUGUCUACUUUUGCUUGGAUUUUACUUGCAACUGUUAUUGGCUUAUUUUGGCAUGGGAUGAUUACUUACCAUCAUAUCACAACCAUGAGUGUUUCUUCACUGUCUGCCCCAUUGUAUUGCUGAUGACUUCUUAUUGUUACAUUUGUUCCGAGUGCAUGCGAAUGAGUGAUAAUACAAAGCUGUUGGUUCAAAAGAUGCUGGUUACAAGUAAUAAUGAUCACACAAACGACUUAUUGAAUGCUUUUUUAAUGCAAAUUAACAAUCAGCCAAUUUUUAUCCAUGCCAAGAUGUUUUUUCGAGUAAAUUUGAAAUUGUUGACGAGUGUUAGUUAA